AAAGAGUGUACCGAAGAAGACCUGAUGCUAUUGACACACUUUCGCUACCAAUAACGCUUCAGUGAUAUUACAAAGAUGUAUUAGUAUUCUAUUUAACUUGAUAACUUACAAUGUAAAACAAUGUAAAACAAGGUAAAAACAAUAACACCUCGAUGUAUCGGACAUUAUCAGGAGGGGGCGUGUGCUUUAUGCAAGGGCGUGCGCUUCAGUAACAUUACAUGCAACACUUCUUUUUACUUUGCUACGAUCUUUCAUGAGUUUAGUAGCUGCUGUUUGUGAAGACUUCCUCAAAGUAGAGCUGUGAUUUAAAGAUUUGUCACAGUCAGGUAACUGUAUAGGAUGCAGUGGCACAAAACACACAACACAUCUCAUCUAGGGUUUCUGCGGUAAAGAUGGCAGCCUCUUUGCUCAGGGUAGGACGACUCGGAUCUCUCAGGUGUCUGCAGACGGAGGGCUUGAGUUCCAUCAGAAGAGCUCCUGCUGUAGCUUUCAGCUCCAAAUCUGGGGACAGCAAGAAGUCCAAAAAGUCCAACAAAGAAAAAGCAGCAUCAAAAACGUACUUCGAUUUAGAAAAACUUGUCCAGCACAGAUCAUAUGUGGAAUUCCCCAAGAAAGAGGUUGCAGCUUCAGUUGCUGCUGCCUCUACAGAAGCUGCAUCUGUUGCUGCCCCUGCACCUGAACCAGUUGUAACUGCCACUGCAGUUGAAGCCACUGCUCCCAUAGCUGAAGCCAUUGCCCCUGCAGUCGAAGCCGCUUCCCCCACAGUUGAAGCCACUGCCCCCACAGGUGAAGCCGUUGCUUCUGCAGCUAAAGAUGUUGCCCCCGCAGUUGAAGCCGCUGUCCCAGCAGUCGAAGCCACCCCUGCAGUUGAAGCCAUUGCCCCCGCAGUAGAAGCCGCUGUCCCAGCAGUCGAAGCCACCCCCGCAGUAGAAGCCGUUGUCCCAGCAGUCGAAGCCACCCCUGCAGUUGAAGCCAUUGCCCCCGCAGUAGAAGCCGCUGUCCCAGCAGUCGAAGCCCCCCCUGCAGUUGAAGCCAUUGCCCCCACAGUAGAAGCCGCUGUCCCAGCAGUCGAAGCCACCCCUGCAGUUGAAGCCAUUGCCCCCGCAGUAGAAGCCGCUGUCCCAGAAGUCGAAGCCACCCCUGCAGUUGAAGCCAUUUCCCCCGCAGUAGAAGCCGCUGUCCCAGCAGUCGAAGCCACCCCUGCAGUUGAAGCCAUUGCCCCCGCAGUAGAAGCCGCUGUCCCAGCAGUCGAAGCCACCCCUGCAGUUGAAGCCAUUGCCCCCGCAGUAGAAGCCGCUGUCCCAGCAGUCGAAGCCACCCCUGCAGUUGAAGCCAUUGCCCCCGCAGUAGAAGCCGCUGUCCCAGCAGUCGAAGCCACCCCUGCAGUUGAAGCCAUUGCCCCCGCAGUAGAAGCCGCUGUCCCAGCAGUCGAAGCCACCCCUGCAGUUGAAGCCAUUGCCCCCGCAGUAGAAGCCGCUGUCCCAGCAGUCGAAGCCACCCCUGCAGUUGAAGCCAUUGCCCCCGCAGUAGAAGCCGCUGUCCCAGCAGUCGAAGCCACCCCUGCAGUUGAAGCCAUUGCCCCCGCAGUAGAAGCCGCUGUCCCAGCAGUCGAAGCCACCCCUGCAGUUGAAGCCAUUGCCCCCGCAGUAGAAGCCGCUGUCCCAGCAGUCGAAGCCACCCCUGCAGUUGAAGCCAUUGCCCCCGCAGUAGAAGCCGCUGUCCCAGCAGUCGAAGCCACCCCUGCAGUUGAAGCCAUUGCCCCCGCAGUAGAAGCCGCUGUCCCAGCAGUCGAAGCCACCCCUGCAGUUGAAGCCAUUGCCCCCGCAGUAGAAGCCGCUGUCCCAACAGUCGAAGCCACCCCUGCAGUUGAAGCCGCUGCUCCCACAGUUGAAGCUGCUGCCCCUGCAGUUGAAGCCGUUGCUCCUGCAGCUGAAGCCAUUGCCCCCACAGUAGAAGCCGCUGUCCCAGCAGUCGAAGCCACCCCUGCAGCUGAAGCCGUUGCUCCCACAGCCGAAGCUGUUGCACCUGCAGCUGAAGCCAUUGCGCCUACACCUGAAGCCACAGUUACCCCUUCAGAAACCAUUGCUGAAACGGCAUCCCCUGCAGCUGAAACUGCGGCUCCUGAAGCCCCUGCUGCUCCAGCCUGUGAAGAUGUACCUACAGAAGAAGCCCCUGUCCAAGAAGCAGUUGCUGAAGUUGUAGAAGCUGUCAGUGAAGUAGUUGCAGAAGUUGUGGCCGAAGCUGCCCCAGUUGUAGAGGCUAUCACUGAAGUAGUUGCAGAAUCUGCCCCUGUUGAGGUGUUUGCAGAGGCAGCCCCUGCUGAAGAGCUGAUAGAUCCUGCCCCUGUGAUCACAGAUGCCUCUGAAGUUGCAGCAGAAGUUGUGGAGACACCUGAGGAACAAGCCCCAGAGCCAGAGCCUGAACCCUUUGACAACACCACGUACAAGAACCUGCAGCACCACCUCUACAACAUGUACACCUUUGCUGAUGUGGAUGUAGAUCUGUCUAAAUACCGUCUGCCCCAGCCUUCCUCAGGCCGAUCCUCACCCGGACACUGAGCCUGUGGUAUUGCUACCUUUGUACACAACCCUGUUUCUUCCCCAUGUUCAUUGUUCCUCAGAUGAUUUACUGGCAAAUCGCAAGCUUUAUGCUAGAAUUCUAUAAUUAUGGAAAUAAAAUGAUUUCGCUGAGACCGAGUAUAUCUAAAGUUAUUUGUUGCUGUUGUCUUCUACAGUAUUUGAAUGGUGUUCAUCUCAAUUGACACUUUAUUCUAAUGAGACUACGCUUGCCUUGACUUUAUUAAUAAAGGAGGGUAGUGUACUUCUAACAUUAAAUUGGCAAAUGGUUGAAACGCUGUAUUUCCUACAUUAAUUCAAAUGUGAGACUAACAUGAUCCAGUUCCAACCAUUUCGAAAUG